AUGGAUUCUGAAAGUCGGAGCGAGUCGGCUCUGAACAGUCCAACGGAGCCGGACGUCUCGCUAGCCGCCUCUCUCACCGACCCCCUGGAAGCGCACACCUUGGAAGAGGCUCGGAGAACCAUCAGAGAUUUGCGCAUGAAGUACCGGGCUCAAGCGCAUCAGUUGAUGACAUGGCGCCGAGCGCACCGCACUCAGGAGGAGUUGCUCACCCGACUGCAAAGGGAGAAGGCCGAGCAGUUGAAGACACUGUCGAGCCAGCUUCUGUUAUUCGAGUCCAGGUUAGUUCGAAAGCAGAAGGAGAUCACGAACAUGCUCGCGAUAAGAGAAACGAUCAUCAUGAAGCAGCAGAAGGUGAUCGAAUCCUUGCAAUCGAAGCUCCACGAGAACGGAAUCGAGCUGGCGCAACAAAUACCCGAUUUCAGAGACAUGCUGCAAGAUACCCAUAUCACCGGCGAAUUCGACUCCCUCAACGACUCCGAUUCCGCCGUUAUCAUGGAGGACGUCGACUCGGAUUGCAGCAACCUCCCGCUAGUGCCGAGAUUCAGGUCGGCCAAUCCGGACAGCGUCACCGUCGUCCGCUCGAUUUCCGACGCAAUCGACCCGAACGUAAAAUACAGCGUGGCCAGGCGAUCCAACGGCUUCCUACGCCGGCCCGAGAUACUAGAGACCGUGUACAGCGUGGAGGAAGAAGCGGACGGUGAUUCGAUGAAGGCCCUGAGCGCCCAGAGUAGCACCGAGAAAGACAUGAGGGAGAUUAACAAGUCCGAAGGGCAGAAAGAGACCAGCCUGCUCGCCCAGAGGCGGGACAACUUCCGCACGAGGAGCGCCGUGCUCACCGGCGAAGUGAAGAGCAUCGACUCCGAUAAGGAAGCGAAGACCAAGAAGCAAGUCUGGUCGUACAGCUACGUGCCGAAGAGAAUGAUGCCGGCGAACGGAUCGGACGAGGAAGUCACGUCUAACGGCGACAGCGACGACGCCGCCGCGGAGCCGAGGCCCAACCACGUGGUCACGUACAACCGGGUGAUGUCAAACCACAGGAACGUGACCAAACCGCGGGACGUGAAGUACAAGAGGAUAAAUAAGGCGAAGUCGAAGAGCCUAGAGGAGCUGCGCGGCAGGCUGAAGAAUUGGGUGGAGAAGGGCAACAAACUGUCCGGGAUCCCCCUCGAGCACGCGCAGAGCUACGCC